CUUCGUCCUCUUGGGCUCGGCUGCUCGGUGUUAACGGACCGUAAUCUUGCCAGCAGAAAGUGGGGCGGUUAGCCGGGAGGCUAUGGCGAGGUCAUCCUCUUCUUGUUGGUUAGCUGUCUUUUCAUAGCGUGGUUACCCCGGUCCUGCUUGGCCGCUGAUUGUCAGUUGGUCCACCGGAGACGACGCGACCUUGGGGACGCUGUCAUGGAUUUGACUCGGUUGGCCGUGGAUGCUGGUCAGUUCAUCAACCGCGCUGUUCAGUACACUGGAGAGAGUCUCGGACAGGCCGAGAGGACUGAGUUGGACCCCGGACUGGAGGAGCUUUUAUCACGGGCGGAAGCCACCAAGACGUGGACGGACCAGAUAAUCUCCCAGACUGAGGCUUUACUGCAGCCAAGCCUCGGAGUGCGGUUAGAGGACCGGCUGUAUCAGCAUCUUGAGUGGAGCGUCCCACCCCGGCCUCGUGCCGUUGAGUUACUGGGAGAUCAGAUGACUCAGGCCGGGCUGGAGAUUGGAUCAAACACACCUUAUGGUACUGCAUUGAUAAGGUGUGGAGAGGCUCAGAAGCAGCUCGGCGAGGCGGAGAGGAAGUUUGUCCAAAGCACUAACAUUCACUUUCUCACUCCCCUGCGGAGUUUCACUGAGGGGGAAUACAAAGCCAUACAGAAUGAACGCAAGAUGUUGGUGAAUAAACGUUUGGACUUCGAUAUCACUAAGGCCAGGCUGAGAAAAGCCCACGAGGCUAAGCAAGAGGCCAGAAACCUGAAUGCCAACCCACUGGAAGAUGACUACUUGUCUCAUGUCUCCUACAUGUUCAGCUUCCUGCGUGUUAAAUGGCUAAAGAUCUGGGCUCAGGAAAUCUCGCAGGCAGAGAUGGAGCUGAGGAUUUGUCAGAGUCUUUACAAUCGACAGUCAGAAAUCACAAGAGCUGUUGUGGAAGGACUCAGCAACACACAUACCAACCAUAUGCGGAGCCUCACUGACUUUGUGGAUGCUCAGGCUAGCUACUUUGCUCAAUGCAACCAACAUGCUCAGGAGCUGCAAAAACAGCUGGCCAGCAUUCCAGCUGUCUUCUGUUCCAAUAACUGGCAGUCUGCAAUUAGUAAUCCCGUUAGUCAGCCAUCAACAAGCAACCACGAGGCGAAUGAACCCAUCAGUGCAAAUCACGUCACUCCAUUACCUGUGCUCGUCCACCAGCUUCCAGAUUUUGACCAGGACUCGUGGACUUUAAACUCACCACCCCAAACUGUGAAAACCACAGCAGAUUCAUCUUUCAGUGCACUGCUGACUCACCAGACAAAUAACAACAAUAACAACAACAUCAUCUCCACCACCAGACAAACACCCAGCAACCAUUCACCAAUCUACAGCCAGUCAACUACUGUUCAAGCGAUUGAUCGUGUCUCUACACCAAACCAAACGGAUCAGCUCCAAACACCCGGCAGGAUGGCCAGGAUGUCUGAUGCUUCUCCUGCUUCUACCCAGGUACUGACAUUCAAUACAACAGCUUCAAUAAGCAAUGGUGCAGCAACAGCAGCCUCACCGCCUUUACAACCCAGUGCAACCUGUAGCAUCAAUGAAGGAGAUGUCCAGGAAUCUUCGUCAGGCCAUCAGGAUGUGGGCCAGUAGAGACGGCAGGUUGGGAACAUGGCAUCAGCCCAGAGUAUUUCAGCUUUGACUUUAGGAAUAUACACAGUGAUUAUAUCAUGUUCCAGUUUAAUUAAUCCCUUAGGGAUUAUAAUGUGAAGUUGUUGAAGUUGCUUAUUUUUUAAAAGCGUAAUAUAGUGCCACAAUCAUUUUAGACUUGAGCUUUAUCCAUGUAUUAUUCAUGCUGUGUGAACAUGAUGAUGGUAGAUGUAAAGUCUGUUCUGUGUGUAACAUUUCCUGGUUUCAGGCUGGAAGACGAAGCUAACAGACUGUUAUCAUUUUGCAGUGUAAAGUUGUUUUCAGUUAGUGUCUGUGAAACUGAUCUUUUUUUAUUUAUUUUUUUUUUACAUCUGGUCAGUGAGAACUAAUCAAGCUCUGUGCCAAGUGUAUGUGUUGGUGUGAAUACAUGAAUUUUACUGUGUCUCAGUGACCGUGUGAACUUGUGGUAAUACUUUGGCCCAAACAUGUGACACCUUUAGAAAGAAGUGUAUGUGCAUAUAUGUGACUGCCACCUCCUGACUCUUGUUUGUUAAACAUGAGGUAAUUUUCCAUACGAAACACAGUUUCACUUCUGUCUGUGCGCAUUUGCAUUGGGGAACCCAGAGGUGACUGGACCUUUGUGCUUCUUCAUACGCGCACUGGGUGUUUUCCCACGCAUACACUCAUUUUUCACCCUUUACCUUCUUAAAGCCCCCAUUUGGUCAAAUGGGUGGAAAUUUCCACGUCCAGAUGUUGUUAAUUUUCUUCAUGAGGGCAGACCUGCCUGACGUGGGUCUACUCUGGAGGGACUCUGGAUGGAAACAAAUAUUAAUGUAGCACUGCCUGUACUGAAAUAAUUGCCUACAAGCUCAAUGCUUUUGUCCCAGUAUGUAAAGAUGUGUGUGGGUUUGUGUAGUCUGAGUGUUCAUAUCAGAGCUGCUGCCAGUUUCAAACUACACGCACGCAGUCAUGAUUCAGCCACGAGUCGUUGAGCUGACGUCAGUGCGGGUCUGAGUUUGCGCUCGAUUCAUGUGAAGAUGUGGAAAUAAAUAUGCAAACAGUGAUGUCAUGCCGGUCUAAA